CUGUGUGGAUUACACCGGCCAGGAAAGCACAGGAGAGACGGGAGCGCUGCUAUCUGACAGACCUGACAAGUACAGAAGAAGUUUCACACGGUAGUGGGUCGACAGGAAAGUUACCUGGAAUUUUACCUGCCUUUGGGAUAGUAGGAGCGCGUUUUCUUUACAACAAGGACUGACUCCCUCCAGCAGAGAAGCUCAGGAAGCCAUGCUUAUAGACAUCUUCCUCUUGCGGUGAGCUGCCUUGUGGACAGUCAGCAGCAUCAUGGCAGAACUGCCUAUUGCCCCGGGGCAGGUCUACAUUGAGGUGGAGUAUGACUAUGAGUACAAGUCCAAGGACCGUCUCAUUGUCAUCCGCCAGGGAGAAUGCUACAUGCUGGUGAAGAAAACAAACGAGGACUGGUGGCAGGUGAGGAAGGAGGAGGGGACCAAAGCUUUCUACGUACCGGCUCAGUAUGUCCGAGAAGUCCGUAAAGCCCUCAUGCCUCCUCCUAAACCCAUCUCUCAUCCUCCUCCUUCCACUGGAAACACACCACCACACGGUGGGGCCGCACUCUGGGUAAAGCCAACUAAUCUAGACCUGGGACCCUAUGACAGGUCGUCUGAGAACCUUCACAGACGAGAGUCCAAAAAUCAUCGCUCACCUUCUGCACAAACUGCCUCUUCUGGACACUUCAGCCCCCCUAGUCAGCGCAGGGAUAGUAACCACUACCAACCCCCCACCACUCCCACUGACCAUGAACGAGCCCUGGCCGAUAUUCUUGUUCACGGUGGAGGCCCCCAGGCUGCUUUGAAAGGAGGGUCCCUACCCCGAACUAGAGCUCGAUCUCCGGAGCUUUUUAGGGCGCCGCUGGAUGUGGACAGCACCCAACACUGUGACUCUGCAGGGGAAGAAAGACGCACAAACGACUCAGAGUCAGGAGACGAGCUGAGCAGCAGUUCUACUGAACAUCUCCAGACGGUGUCUUCCUCGGGCCAUGGCCGCUCAGAGUCCCCAGUCUACACCAAUCUCCAAGAGCUGAAGAUCACCCAGACCAACCUGCCCCCUGUCCCAUCAGGAUCCCCGCUCCACUCUCUGGGAGACUGGGAGACCUACAAGGACCAGAAUGGCCGGCACUUCUACUACAACCGCUCCACUCAGGAGAGGACCUGGAAGCCGCCCCGAGCCAGGGACACGAGUACCAGUUCCAGAGGAGAGAGCCACAGCACGGGGGAGAGCUCUGAGACCACUCCUCUGUCGCUCUCGCCGUCUUUCCUUCCCUUCCUCUCGCUCUCCAUUGGUCGAUUCCAGCCUCUGUCAUCGGAGGAUACCUGCUUCAGCACCUACUCUAGCCAGUCAGACAGUCAGUACGGCUCCCCGCCGCGCGGCUGGUCGGAGGAGAUGGACGAGUACGGCCACACGCUGUACGUCAGCGACUAUACUAAUGAGAAGUGGUUGAAGCACGUUGAUGAGCAGGGCAGACCGUAUUACUACAGUGCAGAUGGUUCAAGGUCAGAAUGGGAGCUUCCAAAGUACAACCACUCCCCUCCUCAGCCAUCUUUAGACCCUCCUAAGAGUCGCAGUCUGGACAGAAGACAAGUGGAGCCCAUCGUCCUGACAAAGUGGAGACACAGCGCCUACGUACCAGAUCCAAACGACAAGCGGCUGUUAAAAACCAGGCGUUUCCGCUCAGGCUCUGCCCGCCAACACCCAUACAAACACCAAGAUGCUCCUCUGGGCCUCAAACCCCCCUCACCUGACUCUGACUCCUGCCCUUCAUCUCCCAAGCCCCCCACCUCCCCAUCUGAAAAAUGUGGUGUUUUAAAUGUGACUAAGAUCACUGAGAACGGCAAGAAAGUAAGGAAAAACUGGACUUCUUCCUGGACGGUUCUCCAAGGAUCAAUGCUGCUGUUUGCCAAAGGCCAAGGAGGAGGAACAAGCUGGUUUGGAGGCGGUCAGUCUAAACCAGAGUUCACUGUGGACCUGAGGGGCGGCUCUGUGGAGUGGGCUUCAAAGGACAAAUCCAGUAAGAAGCACGUAAUAGAGGUAAAGACUCGUCAGGGAACAGAGCUCCUGAUCCAAUCAGAAAACGAGGGUGUUGUCAACGACUGGUACAGAGCGCUGCAGGACACCAUCAGCACCCAUGCCUGGGAGUCUGAUGAGGCCAUUGAAGAGGACAUGCCUGAGUCGCCUGGUGCAGAGAAACACGACAAGGAGAAAGACCACCGGGACUCAAAGAAAGGACGAGCCAUGAAGAGCUCGACCAGUGUGGACGGCUCCGACAACAAGAAGACCAGACACAAACUGAAGAAGUUCCUGACCCGACGCCCGACGCUGCAGGCUGUUAGAGACAAGGGAUAUAUCAAAGAUCAGGUGUUCGGUUGCAGCCUGUCCAGUUUAUGUCACAGGGAGAGCAGCACGGUGCCGAGCUUCGUCAGGAUGUGCAUCGACCACGUGGAGAACAACGGUCUGUGUGUAGAUGGGCUGUACAGAGUGAGUGGGAACCUGGCUGUCAUACAGAAACUGCGAUUUGCCGUCAACCAUGAUGAGAAGGUGAACCUGGCAGAUGCAAAGUGGGAGGACAUCCAUGUGACCACUGGAGCUUUAAAGAUGUACUUCAGGGAGCUGCCAGAGCCUCUCUUCACCUACGCCCUCUUCCACGACUUUGUCAGCUCCAUCAAACUUGCAGAGUACAAACAUCGAGUUCAGGCCAUCAAAGAGCUGGUGAGACAGCUGCCAAAACCCAACCAUGACACCAUGCAGGCUCUCUUCAAACACCUCAGGAAGGUGAUUGAUCACGGAGAAGAAAACCGCAUGACCACCCAGAGUGUAGCCAUAGUGUUUGGUCCAACGCUACUCCGGCCUGAAACAGAGACCUGGAACAUGGCGGUCCACAUGGUCUACCAGAACCAGAUAGUGGAGCUGAUACUGCUGGAGUAUGAGAACAUUUUUGGCAGGUAGAAAGAUGCCGGAGGAUGAGCUUCUUUUAUUUUUUUCUCCUGACGCAGAGCUCUUCCUAACCCAGCAUGGCCCUGCCUAAAACACAGCCCGGCUUGGCCUGGCAUUGUCCAGCCUUGGCACGGUCCAGCCCAGCCCGGGAGCUGCUUCUUUUUCUUCAUCAUCUCAAAACAUCCUGUGGUCACCGGCUUCUCCAAACCUCGUGGACCAAAGCAUCUAAAAAAACGUCACAACCCAAACAAAAGCAGAAAAAAGCGACCAAAAAGUUUUAGUCUCAUUGCACUUUUCAGUCUUGUUUUCUCCUGCAGCUGUUUAUGUGCCACUUUACUGCAAAGGUGACGUCUUCCUGUCUCAACACUGGAUUCCUAAAAAUAAAUACGGGCCGAACAAGCUUCUAACUACUGCACAGACUGACUGAGACCAAAGGAGCUGCAGAGGAAUAAUGAGCCUCUGCAGCUUUGAUUACAGAGGAGGCGUCAGUAUUGGCUGAGUGGAGGUGGAGGUGCCCCCUGUAUGUACUGUACUGUAUAUUUUAGAACGCACUGGGAGGAAACCAAACUGCUGAGCUUUGCUUUUGGCAUUUAGACACUAAGAGAAGAAAACACAUAGAACAAGGAGAAGAAGGGAGGUCUUUUAUUUAGGAACUUUAUGUUGUAAAAGAAUAUUUUCUGCUUUCUAGACACGUUACUUUUUAUAAAAAAUGUUUUAGUCCUAUUACACCUCUUCAUCCCUCUGAAUCUGCUUUUAGGGCUGGGCGAUAUGGUCCAAAAAUAACUUCUAAAUACUUUUAUAACUGUCUUUUUUUUAAGAGUAUUUUUUGGCCCUUUUUCAGAAAGGACAGAGUCAGAAACUGAGGAGAGAGAGAAGAGAAUGACAUGCAGGACAGAAUGGGCUUGGACCCAGGCCCCGCUUUGGGGACAACAGCCUGCAUACCGAGGGAACACAGGUUAAGGAUGUUUCUCUGCAAAUUCUUUCACAUCUUAAUACCACAAAUUGUAAUUUCGUUUAACUGUCUAGUCUGAAGUUAAGUGCACCUUCUGUAAGCCAACUUCACACUGUAACAGUGCAAUGUUGGUUGUAGAAUCGGGUGCUUAAGUUAGCAGUGCUAGCACUGCAGACCUUCGAUCCUCUUUGUAGGUUAACAUCCACAUUCCUCAUUUAUUCCUCAAUAUGUUAGUUUAACCUGACAAAGCCUCUGUACAACUUUUUCCCUGUUUUCAAGAGCAAAAUAGUGCUAAACCAUGCUGUUCCCACAAGAUGCUAUCAAUGCUAUUAGGGCACUGUUGUUUACAUUGGGUUAUAGAGGGCUGUGGCUGCAAGGCUGUAGAAGUUAAAACAGCCACAGGGGCUGUUACAGUUUAGACAGAGCAUUUAGUCAGAAGUAAACGGCUUGUUAUUCUGGUGCUGACUACCAAGGGAUCUGAAAAUCAAAUGCUAUUGAAGCCUUAUGGUACCGUUAAUACCAAUGCAACAGAAAUAGAAGUCCUGUACAUCCAAUUUUGUGCAAAACUGCAGAAAAACUCCUACACAUCAUCCAAAAACAGUGUCAACACUUUGGUAUGUGUUCUGCUCUAUGUUCUACCAUGUGUUUCAAAAUGAUGAAACCUCCAUAAUUUCAAUGAUCUUAGGUAUCAGACAGUAAUGACAAGUGGGUGAAACAGGCAAGGAAGCCCAUGCUUCUCACCAGUUCCACCCACUUUUCCAAAUGUCACCAGUCUAUUAUUGCAACACAGACAGUGUGUAGGAGUUUGCCUGUCAUUUUUGUUAAUAAAAAACAAUAAAUAAGCCAAUAAUGGGCAUUGAGGAUUUCUGUUUUUGCUGCCAUCUUAUCAAACAAGUUUCAGUAUUGUUUGAAUUUUUUACUACCAGUUAAAUGCCUUCAAAUGAAAUAGAAUAAACAUGAUAUCUCCCCAUUUAGCCUAAUCAUUUCAGAGAGAUUACUUGUGGUUAAUAAGCAUGUUACUGUUAGUGGUUCUCUCUUUGAGCAAUCUUUUUACUCAGCUUUAGGCCUGCCAUCUAUUUGUUUUCUUAUAUCAAAAUCAACAUGAACUAUGUUAGUAUAAAUAUGAUCAUCUCACCUUGUAUCUGAUGUAAAACUGGAUCUGUUGCCCAGCCCUUUAUUCCACCCUAAACACUCCAACCAUGGUCCUCUGAACACAUACAAGCUUAUUGUUAAUCUGUAAUAUAUACUAAAGCACUCCACCUUCUCCAUUUGGCUUUAAGAACAAACCAUCUCGCAGCGGUGAGAAUAUCAACUUAAUAAAUAAAUAAAGGUACUCAUCUGUGUCUUUCCUCGACUUGUGGACAAUAAAUGUUCAGAUAUUUGAACACGACAAUAUCAGUAAAUCUGUACAGUGUUUAUUUGUGUGCAUGUGGACGCGGGGAGGGGGUGGACGGAUGGAUGAAUGGAUUUAUGACAAUGUAUUGUACAAACAGUAAAUAGAAAUAUGUAUGCCUGGAGUGUUAUUAAGAGGGAGAAAUCACUAUUUUGUGAGUGCUGUAAAACUAACAGAUGAGCAGAACAAAAGGAUGGACUAAAGGAUGUGGGGGUUUAUCUGGAUUCAGGUAAACAGAGGACUGUGAAUUUCACUGUUGGCUUUAACAAACUGGAAUAAAGACCUCUAAU